AUGCAAUUUGUAUAUUUAUUGACCACAUUAGUGGUGGUGAGCAAUGGGGCUCAACACGACAUCUCAACUCUUAAACUGUUGCAAAUAGUGCAUCGGCACGGGGAUCGAGCACCGGCGGUUUGGACCAAAAAGGAUCCCUUUAAGGACAUGAAGUACUGGCCGGCAGGGUUUGGUGAGUUGACAGCACAGGGCAAGUAUCGGAUGUAUACAUUGGGACAGUUUUAUAGACGGGAAUACAACAGCUAUUUGGGAGAGAGCUACUCGCCCCACGAGGUAUACGUUAGGAGCUCUUCGGUGCACCGUUGCAUAGAAAGCGCCAUGAGUUUGAUGGCCGGCGCUUACCCACCGAAAGGGGACUGGAUGUGGAAAAAAGACAAUAAGUCGGAAUUGGGUGUGUCGUGGCAGCCCAUUCCCAUUGAGACAUUCAUUCCCAAAUCACAGGACACUGUACUCGAAGGGUACACCAAAUGUAAAGCGGCUGAAGACGACCUCAAUCGUGUGUACAAUCAGUCAGUGAUCCACGAGUUUGAGGCCAAAUACAAGCAAUUGUACGAAGAAUUAACGAAAAUCACUGGAAGUGAGAUCAAGGAUGUCUAUACGGCUGUCGAUUUCUACGACACGUUUCAGAUAGAGUUUGAUAACAACCAC